ACCUAAUGCUGGCGCUGUGAUUAUACGUCAUUAACGCGCCGAGCAGACUUUGGGCUUGUGGCGCGAGUCUCGAACCGGAGAACCGGAGUCAUAAACUCGUGGGAAACAUGAGCCUCCCCGGUGGGCACCUGCAGCCCAGCUUCCUGCUGGCCUCACUCAAAGCUGAUUGUGUAAACAAACCAAUAUUCCAGAGGUGCCAGGACAUUGCCAGAAUUAUUGAGGAUUUUCCUGCUAAGGAGCUGCAUUCACUCUUUCAAUGGCUGAUUGAGACAAUUUUCGGUAGCCUCGAUGGCAGCCUUUUGGGCUGGAACCUUCGUGGUAUGCAGGAGCAUGCAAACCCAAAUGAUUUUCACACUGUCCUAGAAUUUCUGCAUCCAGGUGGUUCCAUGAUGAAAAUGAUAUAUAAGCUGCAAGCUGAGGAAUACAAGUAUGAGUUCCCCAUCUCUUACCUUCCCGGGCCCGUUCGAGCAUCUUUACAAGAAAGAAUGCUACCGGAAUGUUCUUUAUACCACAAUAAGAUUCAGCUUCCCACUGCAGGCGGACUAAGCAAUAAUCUGUCUCUGAACCCUUUUGAGUAUUUCAUGUUUCACUUUGCCAUCUGUCUCAUCACUCAAAGGAACUACCCUCAGGGGCAUCUCGCCAGCACAUCAAACAGUGCAUAUUUUUUGCUAGUGGACAAAUACUUGAAGUGGUUUCUUCCUGUUGAGGGGAAUGUCCCCCCUCCUCAUUUUUCCAAUCCAGGAGGAGCUGUGCCCUCGCCUGCCCCCAGGUCCCCAUCAAUUCCCUUCACCUCUUAUGGCACUCACCCAAGUCUUCUGAAGAGACACGUUUGUCAUCAACAUCUGGUGAAUGCUGAUCCUGCAGCACAGGAAAUAUGGAGAUCGGAAACUUUAUUGCAAGCCUUUGUGGAAAUGUGGCUUCACCAUUACUCCGUAGAAAUGUAUCACAAGUUGCAGUCUCCGCAUGCCAAGCUGGAAGCUCUCCACAACAGACUCAGUGUGUCCAGCUCUCAGUUCAUUUGUCCUGCAAUGCCCGGCAUCUACCAUUCAUACGAAGAAUCUUUCCAGCCCACGGAGGAACAUGUUCUGCUGGUCAGGCUCUUCGUGAAACAUCUACAUAUGUUUGCCAAUAGUCUCAGGCCAGAGAUAAUGUCUCUUUCUGCUCACUCACACACGGCAAGUCCCCUGGAGGAGUUAAAAAGGGUGGUUAUACCAAGAUUCGUUCAGCAGAAACUGUACAUCUUCCUGCAGCAUUGCUUUGGUCACUGGCCCCUUGAUGCCUCUUUUAGAGCAGUGUUGGAGAUGUGGCUAAGUUAUUUGCAGCCUUGGAGAUAUGUCCCAGAGAGAUCCACCCCUUUUAUCAGUGAACCACAGAAUCGCUGUGUACCUGAAAAAUGGACACCUUUUGUGCAGGAAAACCUGCUUAUAUACACAAAGCUCUUCCUUCGCUUUCUGAACCGAGCUCUCCGCACUGAUCUUGGUAGCCCAAAGAAUGCCCUGAUGGUCUUCAGGGUUGCGAAAGUGUUUUCUCAACCCAACCUCCCAGAAAUGAUUCAGAGAGGGGAACAACUAUUUUUGGAGCCAGAACCUGUCAUUCACCAUCGGCAGCACCGGCUCCUUAUGUCUCCAAACCUCGGUGGAAGCUUCUUAUCUUCCUGGCAACCGCCAAUUACAGAUGCCUCAUUGAAAGUGAAGAACCAUGUAUACAGCUUGGAAGGGCAGGAACACCAAUAUGUACAGAUGUUUGGUACUGAUGCACGUAAUCUGGUUUUGCGACUUGCUCAUAUGAUAGUACAAGCAAAGCAAUCUGCUAAAUCGCUCUCUGACAAUUCUCCGGAUGCUUUAGGCAAUCAGUCCUUCUUGUCUUGGUUUGGAAUGAACUCUACAGAACAGAAUAACUCUUACUCUGGAAAUGAUAUAGAUGAAGUUGGAUUUGACAGUAUUCGGAAGACGGACGAGCAUUUGGAGAAAGCCUUGGAUUACCUUUGUCAGAUCUUUAGGCUGAACUCUUCUCAACUGAACCAGCUCUCCGUGAGCUUUGGAAGCUUGCAAUAUGUAAACGGGAGGAAUCUGCAGCCUGAGUGUAUGGAGACACCAGAGGGAUUGACCCUAACCUCACGGGGCAGGUACCAGAUUGUUAAUGGAUUGCGCAGGUUUGACAUUGAGUAUCACGGUGACCCAGAUUUACAGCCUAUCCGUAGCUAUGAGAAUGCUACCAUGGUUCGUCUCCUGUUCAAGCUGUCAGGUUUUUUAAAUCAAAUGUUUUCAGACAGAAUGGAUGCGUUGUGUGCACGCAGGGACUUUCUUGGCAAAUUCUGCCGUUACCUUCUGAUCAGAAGUCUUCCUACACAUACGAUAAGUCCAAAUACUUCACGUCAAUCCUACGAGUCACAGACGCCUCGCAUUCGCCUGCGGUUCCUAGCCAGCUACCAGAUACUUUUUUACUUAAUUGUGCUUUACUUUUUUUCAGCAUUGCUGUCAGUGAGACCCAUCAGCUGCACGUUCUAUCUAUUAAUUGGUUACCUGUUUUAUGCUGUUGCUAUGACACUUAUUACUGAAAGAAAGAAACCACAUCAGAACUGAUACAAAGAUCUGUGUCUGUAUUUUUUGUUUGUUUUUAGUUGUUCUGGUGAUGGGUCUCUUUUAAUGUGACCUCUUCCAUCCUAAAUAAAUGGUUUCUAGUAAAGAGCUUUUUGUUUACAGCCUUUAUUUUUGAUGGAUAUACCAAUUUAAACAUAUAAAAAAUGAACCUGGAGUGGCUGAUUAAAAUAUAAAAGUGUUUAUUCUUUCACUGUAAAAUAAAGUUUUCCUGUCUUUCUGUCUGCGGAGGUGCAAACAAAGACAUAAUUUUACCAAUUGCUGUACAUUUUAAGAUACUGUGUAAAUAGGACCGUUAAUUACAUAAUUAAUGUGAACUAUAUAUUGUAAAAUUUAGGUUAAUAAUUUGUAUUAUUGGUGAAAU